AUGGCAACCGUUGCCAAGACCAUUAUCGCCACGGGGGCGUCUUCGGGAUUGGGCUUCGAGGCCAUGAAGCAGCUUCUGCAGACGCCGCAGUCAUACAGAAUCAUUAUUGGAGCGAGAAAUACGGAGCGAACGGAAUCGGCGUACAACACCAUUGCAUACAAUCAUCAAAAUAGUUCAGUGGUAAUCUUACCGCUGGAACUGUCUGACCUCAAACAAGUUCAGAUAUUUGCCCAUCGAGCUGUUGAAGUACUCGAUCAGGGCAAGGUUGACUACCUCCUGCUCAACGCGGCUAUACACGGUACGGCCGAUGGCCCGGGAUCACAUGGCUCUCAGUGGUGCGAGCCGUAUAUCGUCAAUCAUUUGUCCCAGCAUUAUCUUCUUCAUCUCCUCCAGGACCACUUGGUCAAAUCUCAAUCUCGUAUCGUCGUAGUGUCAUCUGGCGCCAUUCACCUUGUGCCUGACGACUUGACCACUCUUUCAACAACCCUCAAAGCUGGCGCAGACACCAAUAUGCAGCAGAUAUACUGCACCACCAAGUUUAUUCAACUUCUCAGCGCUCACUGGUGGCGUCGUCAACUCUCAGGUUCUUGCGAGGUCGUCGCGGUCUCUCCAGGCCUGGUCCCCGACACAGGUCUCAUGGCAAAACAUAAACACCAGCUGCCCGAUUUUAGCAAAGUUCCCGAUGCAAUCUCCGUCCCAAAAGGCAAGCUUUGCGUUCUGCUACCGGUUUCGAUACGAAACUAA